CAAGCCCGGCUCGGCUCGGCUCUGCUCAGCUCUACCCGGCUCUGCUCGGCCCGGCUCUGCUCAUCUCAGCCCAUCCCGGCUCGGCUCGGCUCUGCUGAGCCCGGCUCGGCCCGGCGCGGGUUGCGGGGCAGGGACCAGUCUCGGCGAUGCGGCGGGUGCUGCUGCUGCCGCCGCUGCUGCUGCUGCUCGGGCCGGUGCCCGGGGGCUGCAGCACCCCGUGUCCCCCCGGCUCCGGCGGCACCCAGCCCUGCGGCCUCACCGGCAGCCUGUGCCAGCCCUGUGCCCGCACCCAGGCUGUGGAGCCAGUGACAGGGGACCCUUCGCCCACCACCCCCAAAUUCCUGCCCCCCGAAGCCACGGGGCAGGACAUCAUCCCCGUGUACUGCUCCCUCUUGGCUGCCGUGGUGGUGGGACUCCUCGCCUACGUUGCCUUCAAGUGCUGGCACACGUGUAGGCAGAAGCAGCAACUGGCCAAGGCACGGGCAGGAGAUUUGGGGUCGUCACCCGACGGGGAGAAGCUGCAGAGUGACAGCGGGGUCUUCCUCGACACCCACAGCCUCCAGGAGCCCCACCAGCCUGGAAAGGCGCCCCGUCCCGAGGGCACCCCCCUGUGCUCCGUGGCCCCGCAGCGGCAGGAGGAGCUGCCCAGCGCCUGGGCCGGCCGCGACGGCGCCGCCACGGACUCGCUGUGCCGGGCCCUGGCAGCCAUCGGCCACCACGGGGACGCGGCCACCUCCGUCUGACACAGCACGGUGGGGGGCUCCUGGGGGCUCCUGUCCUUUCCCCGCUCGUGGAACUGGGUUUGGUACCGUGUGAGGGUGCUGGGGGUGGGUCU